UGAUUUAAAUAGUUGUGUGUGUGUGUGAGUCCUUUUUUUUUUAUUUUUUUUUUUCUUUUCAACAUUAUGAUUUCACUUGGUACAGAUGACACUAUGAACUCCAUUACUUCAGAUACCAUUAUAAACUAUUCAGAAUUCAGUGAUCACCCAAUACCGCAUAUAAACCAAGACACAAACUGGGACUGCGGAUUAGCGUGUGUAGUCAUGACAUUACGAGGCUUAGGAUUCAUAGUGAGUGUGGAAGAGAUAACAAGGCAAUGUCCUGUCAACAGUGUCUGGACAAUUGAUUUAGCCUUUUUAUUACGAAACUAUGUUCAAGAUUUCACCUAUUACACAAGCUAUUUAGGUAGUCGAAAAGAAUAUCAAGAUCAAAAGUUUUAUCAAGACAGUUUCAAUGAAGACGAGAAAAGAGUCAACAAACUGUUUGCUAUUGCCAAAAGCUGUUCAGUGCAUGUGGUACGAAUGAUGUUACCCUUGGAUGAUUUUAAGCGGUUCUUGUUUUGUAAGAAAUUUGCUAUUAUUACACUAGUCAAUGCUCGCUUAUUAAGGUGUCAAUUAUGUAAACAACACCGUGGAUGUCUUGGCAGCCUGUGUAGUCAGCUUGAUUUAUUGCUGGAACGAUGCAAAGGCUAUGAUUAUUUAGGCCAUUUUAUCGUUUUGAUUGGCUAUGAUCCGACUGAGGAUUUGUUUGUCUAUCGUGAUCCAGCCGCAAAUGAUGCAUUUUGUACGAUAUCAGCUGACGAUCUAGAUGAAGCAAGGCAGUCUGAAGGCACAGACCAUGACUGUAUUGUAGUGAAACUAGCAUAAAUGUACAUAUAAUAAAGCAGUAGUAACACAACGGGACUUGUUGCAGAUAUUGACUGAGUUUUUCAUUGGCUGAAAAUAAAUAUAAAAGAUGA